AGUUAGCAUCGUCAGUGCUGCACCUCGCUAACUUCAUUUGUGCUCUAAAGUUGACAAUUUAUCUCGCAUAUCAAUUCUUUUUUUCUUUACUUGUUCUAAAUCAACGCCUUUUCUUUUUUCUGUCCUUCGGGAUUUCUUUUGUUUCAUACCUUUUUUCUUCUACGUGCUUUUUCUUUUUGUCAAUUCCAUAAAAUCCACAAAAAAAGCACUCAAUUCAACAAAGUUUUCUCCAACGUAACUCUCUAAGCGCAGCACACGCCCAUUUAGAAACUUGACUACACAUCAUUUGUGAGGCAGGUUUCUCUCUUUUCUUUCCCUUCUACCACGCCCAUGAGUUCGGGUCAGCAGCACCGAAGCGACGAGGCUGUCGUUGCGGAAGAGCAAGCGGCAGACCUUGUGCGCGAUGAGUAUGAGCACCCUGAAGCCACGAAGUGGUUCAAAGCUCUUCCAUGCUUACGCGGUAUUCCAUUGUUUGGAGAUGUGACGGCCGCGUUCGGGCCUCGCUUUGCGCUUUCGCUGGGUUUCUGUUACACGUUCUCGAAGGGUGCGUCGAGUAGCAUCAUUAGGCUUUCGCGCCAGCCGAUGUUCGUCGGGCGCUACGGGGUUGACGCGGUGCGCUUCCAGCGUCUUUCCAGCAUGUACGCCUUCGGCUGGUCUCUGAAGCCGUUCAUCGCGGCCCUCACGGACGUCAUCGCCUUGCUGGGGUACACGAAGCGGUGGUACAUGGCUGUGUCCGCUCUCUUUGGCACCGCCUUCGCACUCGCGUACGCCCUUUUGCCGGCGAAGAAGUCGUCGGCGAACCCCGCCGGCGCCUUCAUAUUCCUGACGUGCUUGUGCAAAGCGAACAUCGACGUGCUGUCGGAGGGGCACUUCAGUCGCUCCAUGAAACAGAAGCCAAAGGUUGGCCCAGCUGUGGUGAGCUGGGUGUGGGCGAUGACCUUCAUUGGCACCGUGAUCUCAGCGGCCAUGAUGGGGCCGUUGUCGGACGUGAAGCUCACCUACGUUGGCGUCAUCGUGUCGGCUGGUUUGCAGUUCAUCUGCUUCUUCUUCUUCAUGUUCAACAUGUAUGACGAAAAAAAGAACCGCACCAACCGUCGCAAGGAUGCGCUGGUGCUGUACCAGGCUCGCAAACACCUCGAGCGCGAGCCGGUUGGCAAGACGGUGCAGGACCAAGUGGUGGACGGCGCAGGCGAACCGGCGGUAUAUGAAGACGGCACAAACGGCUGCCUCGUCACUGGAGAAGCGAGUCUUGACCGUGACGACGACAGCGACGACGAGUUUGUGGAGCCGCACAUCAACUCGUGCCUGCACGGCAUCUUUGAGGUGAACGUGGACGUGGCCAAGACGAACUGGAAGCUCAUUGUGUACUCGGUGGUGAUGACGUGUGGCAUCAUCGCGAUGGUCUGCGUCACCCUGUUCGGCACGAAGUGGCAACUGAUGUACGCGUGCAUCGUCGUUGCCGCCGUCUUCAUCGCCGGUGCCUUCCUCACGCUUCCCCUCGUCAUCGCAAAGGCCUCGGUUUUCAUUUACUUCGACUCCAUUUUGUACCUGCAUAUUCCCGGUGCGUUGUCCAACUUCUACGUCGCCGCACCCGCAUGCCUGCCCGAUGGCCCGCACUUCAACUACCUCUUUUACCAAACGGUCGGUUCACUCAUCUCGGACUUUGGCGGUGUGUUGGGUGCCAUUCUCUUCAACAAAUUCUUCUCGCGGCACGGCUACGUGUUCGUAUUCAUUGCGACGACGAUUCUGCGGGUUCUCGGCUCGAUCUUCGACCUGAUCAUCGUGAAGCGCUGGAACAUGUACAUCGGCAUUCCCGACCACGCCAUGUACCUCCUUGGCGACUCCAUUGUGUACCAGGUGUGCUUCGUUAUGUCUCUGAUGCCGGCACAGAUUCUGAUGGCGCGCUUGUGCCCGCGCGGAACGGAGGCGAUUGCGUUUUCAUUGCUGGCUGGCUUCUCCAGCGCAGGUACCUCGAUGUCCCUCACAAUCGGCUCGCUCAUCAUGGAAGGUAUCUGGCCCGUCUCCGCGAAGUCGCCGUGCAACUUCAAGAAUGUGCCGUGGCUCAUCAUCACUGGCCAUCUCGUGAUGCCACUGCUCGUCGUUCCUCUUGCUUUCGUGCUGCUGCCGCGGGCGCGAAUUUGCGACCGCGUCGAUUUCGAUGGCAACGUCAUCCGCGAGGAGGCUGAUGUCUUUGAUGAGCGCACCGCUCCCAGCGAGCACAUCGCAGCAAACGCUCCUUCGGCAGCGCAGCACGAGGCACAGAAGAAGGAUACGCACGACGACGAGGAAAACCCAUCGAAGGUAUGGUAA